UAGGAAAGGAACUUCAGCCCCAUGUAUAGAUUAUUACCUGUAAACUCUGUAGAUAUACAGGUGUAUCUAUAAUGGAGUGUUAAAUUUCUCCAGUUGUUUACUAUGACCUUUUACCUUUCGGAAGGAGGGACUGGUUCUCUUGUAGGACCUCUAGCUGGUGGUGUGGCUGGUGGUUUGGUUCUUAUUGCUGUCAUCAUCUUGGUCAUCGUCAUCGUUCUGAGGAGACGAUCUAGUGGCGCAGGUGGAGCAGGAGGGAAAGAUGAAAAAACAUCAGUAAAUGAGCAGUUAGUUGGUGGCUCUGAGAAGAGUGCUUUUUCCGAUCCGCGCUGGAGGCAGGCAGAUGCUGAAGUGGCUGAAAAUGACUUGUAUGGAGGAUCGCCCUUCCCUACAAAGUUGCCACCUCAAGACAAGAGGCCCCCUAAGCCAGUGAGGACGUUUGAACAUAAUUCCAUAGGUGAACCAUCUCACAGCACUGCACCCAAAGAUGGAGGUCAGCAAUUGGAGAUGGUGGAGAACACCAUGUAUGCUUCUGUUGAUCCCAAAACAAAGUCCCAGAAAAAUGGAGCCACAAAGCCUAAAAAAGGGAAACCAGUGACACCUGCCAAACCUUCCAAACCUGCCAAGACCCAGGUGCCCAUUGAUGACUCGUAUGAAGUGACUGACUUUACCAACACAGCCUCAGGUACCAACAACAACAACCCUACUGUAGCACGGACCCAGCAACUGAAUUACCCGGAAGUGUCAUUUGAAAACAAGAAGAAGACACCUAAAACUGAUCCCGCGGCUUCUCCAACUGAAUACGCCAGCAUCAGAUUCAGAAAGCCCUAGGGUUUGAUGUCUGCAGUAAAGUUACCUGUUCUCAGGUGGGAUACAUAUAUGGCGUGUUGGAUAUCUAGUGGGGUAAGGACUACUGUACCACGUUACAACACCAGUGUGUUCUCAGCUGACGCCAGACUCAGAGAAGGCAGUGGUGUGACUGGUCUCC